UCUGAUAAGAAACGUCAACAUUUUGUAGCUUAUUGUUUGGAAUAUUUAAGUUGUAGUAAUCAAUCAUUCUCGACAGUUAUUUUUUGUGUUGCUGGAAGCGGAAUUGCAUGGGAUAAUUCAUAACAUAUCCUGGGAAUUUUAGGAUUAUCUAGAAGAUUAACAAUAUUCAUUAUGAUGCUUAAAAAUGUUUAAACUAUGUUAAAAAGGCACCAAACCUCUUACCAGUGGGCAUUUGUGUUGCAAAUUAACCUACCAUUUCUCUUUAUCGUGCAAACUAUUCACCCAUUGCUCCUAUUACUUGCAGAAUAACUAGAGAAAAUGUGUGAACUCGACUAGUACAAUGACAAAGACCAAGGAAAGAUAUUUACAUGACAAACCACUGCACACCAUCUUUUAUGAACACUCUUCUCAUCUGGGUACACUUCUCGAGGGUCUAAAUUCUUUAAGGCAGAAGGGCGAACUUUUGGAUAUCACUUUAGUAAUAGAAGGGAGCCUUUUUCAAGCUCACAAAGCAGUCCUUUCGGCAUGUAGCGAUUAUUUUAGAGCCAUGUUUACGGACAAUAUGUUGGAAGCAAGAAAAAAUGAGAUAUGUUUGAAUGGUAUCACGGCAAAAGGGUUUCACCAACUUCUCGAAUAUGCUUACACAUCACACCUGGCCCUUAAUUUAGCAAAUGUCCAGGAUGUUCUGGAAGCUGCAUCCCAUGUGCAAAUGGUCAAUUGCAUACAAGCUUGUUCAAACUACCUACAAUCUCAAAUCGAUCUUGAUAAUUGUGUAGAUAUAGUCACUAUUGCAGAAACUUACUCCUUAGGUCAAUUACGAAUGAAGGUGUAUCGUUUUAUGAGUGGUCACCUACUAGAAUUUUCCAACAGCUCAGAGUUUUACAGAUUAACGCCUCAACAAUUGGAAAAUCUUUUAGGCUAUGAUUUCCCAGUGGAUUGUUCUGAAGCUGACGUUUUGAGUAUCGUUUUGGCUUGGUUUUUUCAUACAGAUAAACGCGACGUAGAUUAUAGAUUAACGUACGCAGUCAGAAUAAUGAAAUAUAUCCACUUUAAGGAGAUCACUAAACGGAAAUUGGACAGUAUCCUAGAAAAAAUAUUGGAGGAACGUAAUUAUGAAUGGCAGAUAUUGUAUAGAAUAAUUCUGCAACAGGUAUAUGUCCAGUCGAAUACGGGCAAAACGAUGGACAUGCGUUUGAAUUUGCUCAAUUCUCGGGGAAUGGAAAUGGCUGUUUUGAAAAUUGGCGGUUUCGGAAUUAGCGGUAUUACGAACGAAAUAACGUACUGCUUCGCGAGUAAAAGAAAAUGGAAACAUUUGACUUCUAUACCCCACGUAGAGCAGUGCAAUUACGGAACGGCUGUAUUCAACAAUGAACUUUAUAUAGUGGGUGGAUGUUUCAAUCAGUCAUUACAAGAGAAUAUACACCCCUUUGGUUUUAAAUACAGCCCGAGGUAUAAUAAAUGGUCUACGAUGUCCCCUAUGAAAAUUGAAAGAUGCCGAUUUAGUUUGAAUGUUGUCGGUGAUAUGCUGUACGCGGUUGGGGGCACCAGCGAGGGUGAUGAAAAUGUUACGUGUACCUGUGAAUGCUACAAUCCCAGAUUAGAUUUGUGGUACACUAUACCGGACAUGCCAGCCCACCUAAGCCAACACGCGGGUGUCAGUUCUGGUUGUCGAUUAUUCAUAAGCGGUGGGAUAGAUAGAGAUAAUAUUUGCAACUCAAGCGUUUAUUGUUACGAUGUAAAUUUAGAAAAUUGGAAAACGUGCGCUUCAAUGCUACAACCUCGAGCUGAUCAUGUUAUGCUAUCCAUUGGAAAGUAUUUGUACGUUUGCGGCGGCUGGACAGAGGACAUAGAAAUGCGUUCGCGAUUACUAGUGGACACUAUAGAUGUUUACGAUACGGAGAAGGACACUUGGGAAAUACUAACUAAAGUUCCUACACCGCGUUAUCACGCAGGUAUCGUCUGCGUAGAAAAUAAGAUUUACUUUGUCGGAGGAUUUCAUAGCGACGCGGUUUUCGAUAAAGAUACCGCAGCCAUAGAAUAUUACAAUAUUGAAAAUAACAUGUGGACAAUAGAAGAAAAAUAUCCACAAGACAUUUGGGAACACACGUGCGCUACCUUGUAUAUUCCCAAGUGCCGAGAUGAUAUGGAAGUAAUACCAACUACUGAGAGCUCAGUGUGAUUUAACGUUUUACCAAAUUCAUUCCUGUUAGUAAGAGAUUAUUGAAGUUAUGCUAAAUGUAUUUUUGGGAAAUAAAGAAUAUUUUUGUACUUUGGAUGGGAUGAGUUUAUGUUUAUCAAAUGCUCAGUUUAAGAUUUCCAAAAAAUGUAAGGUGAAAAGGGAAGAGUUGAGAUGAGUAAUGCCCAG